GUCCUUUCAAGUCAGAGUCUCGACCGGCCCAAAUCAAUAGCUCCAGAGUAAAUUUACUCAGCUCUUUCGAGCUCUCUGUUCAGGGCACUUGGCGUUUCAUAUAAUAUUCAAAUAUCAACUCCGUUUCGUCAUCUAUGUUAAUGUCCUUACGCCUCAAUCGUUUAUUCGGGGGGCGCAUAAAAUGUUGACUAGCGAAGUUGACAUCAAACGCCUAUUUAGUGGCACCAUCUCCGCCCUCCAAGCAACACAGGAAAGCAGUGGUUCUCACACCUUGGAGAAUCUUCCCUCUGUCUUUGGCAAAGUUGUUAAAUGGAUCCCAACUGCCCAGGAAUUUUUCGAGUCUUGCAAAAAACAUCUUAGCCCUGCCGCGCUGGAUAAAGGAUCCCUCGAAGACCUGGGUACUGCUCUGGAGGUUUGCAAGGGGAAAGCCAUCCGACUAGAUGAGAUCUUCUACCUGGUGAUCAGAAGUUCCGAUACAAGUGAAGAGUACCAGAGGGUCGCCAAGGAAGAUCGGUUAGAAGAUCUGAUGAAGGCAAUCUUCGAGCAUAUGAUUCAACUGGCGAAGAACCCGCCUUUUUCAGAGGUGGUGGGGUCGGAGGUUGACCGUCUGGAGGAAGGAUUGCGUGUGCUCAUGGCGAUACCCGCCUCAUUGCCAGGAAAGAGAUCAUCGUAUUCAUUCCACAACUCUGGUGACGGCUGGAUUAAUGUGAACACGGGCACCGCUCCUCAAAACAACAAUAACAGCUCGGGCUACCAAUUCAACGGGCUAAUCCAUCAACUCCAGUUUCCAAAGUGAAUGUUUGGAUUAGUCAUUCCAAGAAAACAUGUACUUGGGCCUGGACCGUAAAUCACUUAGAACCAACUGCGAAUCCGUCCAUAGUUAGAAAGCGCCAAUAUCAAAUGGUUGACUCUAGUGCCUCAAUGGACAUGACUGCUUACUUUACCCUCCCUUUCUCUACAUCUUGUUGGAUUUACUGGCCUCCAAAUGCUCGGAUAGCUCUAUGUGGCUGUACUAAUAAUUAACAUGAGCUUUGUUCCCAUAUCAAAUUGCCACCAGCUACGUGCAUUGCGUUCAAAAGCCA